AGGCGCCGCCUUGAAGUGACUUCUCCAAAAAGUGUCUUAGUUCGCGGUCACCUGAGCUACGGGCGAUUCUGCUGCGGUCGACUUCCCGGAUACCCGCCCUCCGCGGGCCCUUCCCGGAGAGCCUGACCCCGUCUCCUUCGUAGCCGCUCCGCCACCCCGAACCCGCCAGGGGUCUGUCUGCCCCACUUGUCCUUUCCCAGUCGCGGGCCGGACCGGGCCGAGCCCAGGCGCCCGGGCGCGGUCUCAGACCAUGGCGUCCCUCUUCAAGAAGAAAACCGUGGACGAUGUAAUAAAGGAACAGAAUCGAGAGUUACGAGGUACACAGAGAGCUAUAAUCAGAGAUCGAGCAGCUUUAGAGAAACAAGAAAAACAACUGGAAUUAGAGAUUAAGAAAAUGGCUAAGAUUGGUAAUAAAGAAGCUUGUAGAGUUUUAGCCAAACAGCUUGUACAUCUCCGGAAGCAGAAAACAAGAACUUUUGCUGUAAGUUCAAAAGUCACUUCUAUGUGCACACAAACAAAAGUGAUGAAUUCCCAGAUGAAGAUGGCUGGAGCAAUGUCUACUACAGCAAAAACUAUGCAGGCAGUUAAUAAGAAGAUGGAUCCACAGAAGACAUUACAAACUAUGCAGAAUUUCCAGAAGGAAAACAUGAAAAUGGAAAUGACUGAAGAAAUGAUCAAUGACACACUUGAUGACAUCUUUGAUGGCUCUGAUGAUGAAGAAGAAAGUCAAGAUAUUGUGAAUCAAGUUCUUGAUGAAAUUGGAAUUGAGAUCUCUGGAAAGAUGGCCAAAGCUCCAUCAGCUGCGCGAAGCUUACCAUCUGCCUCUACUUCAAAGGCUACUAUAUCUGAUGAAGAGAUUGAACGACAGCUCAAAGCUUUAGGAGUAGAUUAGCCAAAAAAGCCAUAUUUUGCUUACUUCUAAUUAUUUAGUAUAAACCAGGCACAAUGCAGAUUUUUUUCCUUUUACAAAACACAUUUCUUUU